AUGGCAGCUACGAUGCGCGGAUGGCAGUUCAAGUCCGCAUCUGGACCCAUGGAGAAGAACCUCUCCAUCCCUUCCCCAGGCCUUCCGAUACCCGUCAUCAAGAAAGACGAAGUGCUCGUCGAGAGCCAUGCGACAGCGCUCAACCCCAUCGACCACAAGAUCCUCGAACUCGGCCUCAUCACGCGCCUGAUCUUUUCAGGGCUGACACCUGGCUUGGAUGUGUACGGCCGUGUCGCGAAAGUCGGCAGUAACGUCACAAGCUUCCAGGAAGGCGACAUUGUAUACGGCGGUCUCGUCCCAGGAGGCAAACAUGGCGCUCUAGCGGAAUACGUCCCCGUGCCCCAAAAUCUGCUAGCGAAAGUGCCGAUGGGCGUGGAGGGUGAUGAUGUGGUGUCUAUGGCGAGUACGGGCAUGACGGUAUACGCAGGAUUGAAGCCGUAUGCUAGACCCGGCAACAAAGUCUUCAUCAAUGGUGGCUCGGGAGGAACUGGCGUGGCUGCAAUCCAGAUCGCCAAAAUACUCGGCUAUCACGUUACAGUGUCAUGUUCAGCGGCGAACAUCGAGUUAGUCAAGAGUCUAGGAGCGGAUACAGUACUGGACUAUACAACGGCACCAAUCAUCACACAAUUGAAAGAUACCGGCGCCAUGUUCGAUCUCAUCUUGGACAAUGUGGGGACACCGGCGAACCUCUACCGUGCUUCGAGCGCGUUCCUGCGACCUGAAGGCAAAUUUGUACAAGUCGGCCUGGGCAUGGAUCUAAGCGCCGCAGUUCAGUUCUUUGGCAACAAAUUGACUAGUUUCUUGGGCUGGGGGAAGAGAGAGUACAUCUUCGUUACCGGAAAUGCGAGUACCGCUGUGUUCGCACAGCUCGCGACAUGGAUGGAACAAGGCAAGCUUCGCGCGGUUAUUGACUCUACAUGGGAGUUCUCGGAGGUGCCGAAGGCGUAUGAGAGGCUGAAGACAGGAAGGGCAAAAGGUAAGGUUGUUGUCCAUGUGAAGGAUGCUUGA